ACUUUGACAACUAAGCCCAUUCCACAUCUGAAGGAACCCUCUUUCCAGUUUGUACUUGUGACCAAGGUGCACUGGAGAACGGACACGCAUCGAUUGGGAUUUAAUUCACUGAAGACCUCACCAAACUGAAAUAUAGAAACUAUACUCAAUUAUUUGUGUGAACACAUCUCAAGAGGCACAACAUGUGGAAGAGGAUUGCAAUACUAUCAGUAUGUCUAAACAUCAUUUCAGCAUCAUUUGAUUACAUGUACGAUGACGUCUCUUUUCUGGACCCUGAAGAAGUACUAAGUGUUAGCAUUCCUCUGGAGGGUCCCCAGCACUCUUUAUUGGGAGGAUCCUUGAUUCUACCAUGCUACUUCCAGGAUCUCACCGUCAAUGACCCAGGAGCACCUACCGUUACACCUCUCUCCCAUCGCAUCAAAUGGAGCCGUGUGACCAAGGAGAAAACCACCACGGUACUCGUAGCGAUGGAGGGAAGAGUGCGCGUCGACAUCAACUACCUGGACAGGGUUCAGAUGGUGGGCUACCCCUCAACGCCAAGCGACGCUAGCAUCAAGAUGUCCGAGCUGCGCUCCAACGACACGGGGAUCUACCGCUGCGAGGUUCAGCAAGGCAUCGAGGACCACCAUGACACUGUACACGUUCAGGUCCAAGGAAUCGUUUUCCACUAUCGUGCCAUAACUACUCGCUACAGUUUAACUUUUGAAAAAGCCAAGGCUGCCUGCAUCCAGAAUAGUGCAGUCAUUGCUACCCCAGAACAGCUACAGGCUGCUUAUGAUGAUGGAUUCCACCAAUGUGAUGCUGGCUGGCUCUCUGAUCAAACUGUCAGGUACCCCAUUCAUGAUCCGCGAGAGAAAUGCUAUGGUGAUAAAGAUGACCUUCCUGGGGUCAGGACCUAUGGAAUGAGAGAAGUCAACGAGACUUAUGACGUCUACUGUUUCGCUGAGAAGAUGACAGGCAGAGUUUUCUACAGCGGUUCUCCGGCUAAGUUCACCCAUGCCCAGGCUGUGGAUCAGUGCUCUCAGCAGGGGGCUCAGCUGGCCACUACGGGGCAGCUUUACCUGGCUUGGCAGGGAGGCAUGGAUGUCUGUAACGCCGGCUGGCUGGCCGACAUGAGCGUCCGUUACCCCAUCAAUGUCCGGAGGCCGCAAUGCGGAGGGGGUCUGCUGGGGGUACGCACUGUCUACCUGCAUGCCAACCAAACAGGGUACCCCCUUCUGGAGACCCGCUACGACGCCAUCUGCUACACAGAGUCCCCAGACGACGAGAGCUCAGGCAUGGAUUCCUUUACAGAAGUGGACAGCAGCAUUCUGAGUGUUGCCACGGUAAACAUGACCCCCCUGGUUCUGUUUGGCGCCACAAAGGGAAGCGAAGCGGUCGGUGAGGUGGUGACUCAGCAGCCGCCCACCUUUGACUACACGCAGAGCCCGACCGAGUCGUCCCUGACCCAGCCGCCCGACGUCAAAGAGGACAUCCACAAGGUUAUAGAGAAGGUCACGACCAGGACUCACAUCAACAGGGAGCCGGGCAAAGGCUUUGUGAUGCCGUCCACCGGCCUGGUGUUCCAUUACCGUUCAGGCGCUGGUCGCUAUGCGUUUUCAUUCGUGGAGGCACAGCUGGCGUGCCAGAGUAUCGGGGCAUCCAUUGCCACCGCAGAUCAACUUCAGGCCGAAUACAGGGCUGGAUAUCACCAGUGUGACGCAGGCUGGUUACUGGAUCAGACAGUCAGGUACCCCAUUGUGUCUCCUCGUGAUAAGUGCGCAGGAGACCUGAUGGAGCAGCCCGGGGUCAGGUCCUACGGCUUGAGACCCGCAGACGAGCGCUAUGAUGUGUAUUGCUACGUUGAUGGGCUCAAAGGUGAGGUGUUCCACGUCAGUUCCGCUGAAGGUUUCACAUAUGAUGAGGCGCUCUCUCGCUGUCAGGAGGAGAAUGCCACCCUGGCCUCCACAGGAGAGCUGUACGCCACAUGGAAAAUGGGCUUUGAUAAGUGUCGUGCGGGCUGGCUCCUUGACCGCAGUGUUCGUUACCCCAUCAACAACCCCCGGGCGCAAUGUGGGGCAGGGAAGUCAGGAGUGCACACAGUUUAUACUCACUCCAACCAGACUGGAUACCCUGACCCUUACGCCAAAUAUGAUGCCUAUUGUUUCAAGGUGGAUAUUUUGCUCAUCGCAAAUGAAACUGGAUUGAACAUCACAGAGAUCCAAGAAGCUUUGUUAAACCUUACAUCAAUAAAUGAUUUGCUCAGGAUUGCAUCUCCUUCCAUUGCCCUGCCCAUCCCUGUGGAGCCUUCAGGUUCUGGAUCAGGCUCAGCGGAUUAUGGGUCUGGUCUGGGUGUCAGCAUUGCCUCUGGGGAUCACUCUGGAGACCUAUCAGCAUCUGGAUCUGGGACAGGGCCCGGCUCUGGUGACACAUCUGGUUCCGGGGAUGAUUCAGGAUCUGGUGUUAUGCCUGGUUCUGGUGACCCGUCUGGUUCCGGGGAACAGUCAGGAUCUGGUGCUAUGCCCGGGUCUGGUGACCCAACUGGAUCAGGAGACCCGUCUGGUUCCGAGGUCCUAUCUGGUCCGGGAGACAUGUCUGGUUCUUGGGUCCUAUCUGGUUCCGGGGACUUGUCUGGUUCUGGGGUCCUAUCUGGUUCUGGAGAACUGUCUGGAUCCGGUGCCAUGCCUGGUUCUGGUGAAUUAUCAAGUUCUGGAGACAUGUCUGGUUCUGGAGACCUGUCUGGUUCUGGAGACCUAUCUGGUUCUAAGGUCUUAUCUGGAUCCGGAGACCACAUUACUUCAGGAGACAUGUCUGGAUCUGGACAGCAGUCUGGCAGUGGAAGCGCUGAACUUCCUAGUGGAGGAUCUGGAUUGAGCGGCGACAACCUUUCUGGAUCCGAGGGCAGUGGAUUGGCCUCAGUCAUCAAAGUAAUUUUCUCAGGUAGUGGUAGUUUUCUGUCUGGAGAAGGCUCUGCUUCAGGAGGACCUCAAGAGGCAGGAAAGGGAAGCACAGAGAUCUUCACGUACCUUCCUGACAGCAGCUCUGGGAUGUUUAGUGGCAGUAGGGAGCAGGCAGGUUCCGGGUGUAGCUCUGGUGAGAGUGGCUCUCCCUCCUCAGACAUAUCUGGAAGUGGAACAUCUUGCGGCACGUCUGAUCCUGGCUCAACCCAAGAGCUUUCUGGGUUCAGUGGGUUCCCAUCAGCAUUCUCAGCCUCAGGAAGUGCCAGCGGAUCGUCAGGAGAGGAAUCAGGCAAUAGAGAGGUUCGCAUCCUACUGGUAGAUGGUGAACUGGUUGACGUUUCCACCUCAGUCGAUAAGGAGUUUGAGCUGGGGGGAGGUCUGCUUGAGUUCAGUGGUUCUGGAGGCAUUUCAGGAUCAGGCAUGCCAAGUGGUCUGAGUAGUUCAGGCUCUGGAGAGGGCUCUGGGUUCUUCUCGGGUGUGACCUUUGUUGGAUCAGGGUUCAGAGGGUUCCUCACAGAGUCAUCCUCUGGAGAAGGGGAGGCUUCUGGGGUUUUAUUAUAUGGUUCUGGACAAGAGAGUAGUGGAGACCUGUCUGGAUUUGGACCCUCUGGUUCCGGGUCAGGCUCAGGGAUUGGCUCUGGAAUCUCUGGAUAUGGUAUCUCUGGAUAUGGUAUCUCUGGAUCUGGAAUCUCUGGAUCUGGAAUCUCUGGAUAUGGUAUCUCUGGAUCUGGAAUCUCUGGAUCUGGAAUCUCUGGAUCUGAGUCGUCUACUAGCGAAGAAGAGGGCAGUGUAACAUUCUUAGAUGGAAAUGAGAUGACAGAGCAGUCCACCACAGCCACUCAAUCCCUUGAGCUCGGACUAGGGUCAGCGGAGUAUAGUGGAGACGGAAGCACCGGCAGAAGCUUCUUCUCCGGUAGUGGGAAUAGUAGGAGUGGGAACGCCAUCUCACCCACAACCAGUGGUGGCUCAUCGGGGGAUACCUCUGGAAAACCCCUGGUUAUACCCACUACAUCUGCUGACAGGGAGCUCACAGAAAGCACAGCAGAGGCAGAAGUGGGGAACACGCUCAAGGUAGAGACUGCAGAAGAUUUGUAUGGGAGCAUUAGACCUGACAUUGCACCAGCCGCACUGGCUGUCAAUGUCACCCAACCCCCGGCCACCACCCUUCAGGCACCGAGCGUCACUGAAGGAGUAAAUGAAGUAGAUGUGUGCCAUUCCAACCCCUGUGCCAACGGAGCCACCUGUGUGGAAAGUGCCGACUCUUACAAAUGCUUAUGCCUGCCCAGUUAUGGAGGGGAUCGCUGUGAGAUUGAUGAACAAAAGUGCGAAGAGGGCUGGACUAAAUUCCAGGGCAACUGCUACCUGCACUUCUUUGCAAGAGAGACGUGGUUGGAUGCAGAGCAGCACUGCAGGGACAUUGAUUCUCAUCUGGUCAGCAUUAUCACCCCCGAGGAGCAAGACUUUGUCAACUCAAACGCACAGGACUACCAGUGGAUUGGGCUGAAUGAUAAAACAGUGGAGAACGACUUCCGCUGGACGGAUGGCACCCCACUGCAAUACGUGAACUGGAGGCCCAACCAGCCAGAUAACUACUUCAACUCGGGGGAGGACUGUGUGGUGAUGAUCUGGCACGAGCAGGGCCAGUGGAACGACGUGCCCUGCAACUACCACCUGCCGUUCACCUGCAAGAAAGGCCCAGUCUUAUGUGGCUCACCGCCAGAGGUGGAGAACGCCAGCAAGUAUGGGGAUAAGAAGGAGUACUACCCGGUCAAAUCCAUCGUCCGCUACCAGUGCAACGCAGGCUACAGACAGCGACAUACCCCAGUUGUACAUUGCAAGCCGGAUGGACAGUGGGAGAAACCGCAGGUUCAAUGUACUGCCGUGAAGGGAAAGCCAACACUACAGCGGAGAACCACCAGGGCCAGAGAAGAAUCAUCCAUCAACGAGCUUCUCUAAGAAGGCAAUACAAUCAUUUAUUAGCUGUAUUAAAUUAACAUCUAGCGAAAACCAAAUUCCUUAACUAAAAAUGUAAAUAUCCAGACGGAAAAAAUAGAUAAUGGAGUAAACAAGAGUAUAUUUUAUAAUUUUAUUGGUAAUUGUAUUUGUCAAUUCCUCAUCUGCCCCCUGUCAUUUAUACAACUUGUCCUGAUAUAUGAUGAUCUUUUCUAGUGAAGAGUUUCCAGUUGUCACGACAUCCUGAGUCAUUCCUAUAGGCUACGUCUUCAACUUUUGUGAGCAAUGUGUUCACAGGGAAUGACUAGCUCACUGUCUGUCUGGUCCAUAUCCUGGCCAAACAUACAAAGCCCUUCAGAGGUCAAUAUUCCACAUACCUGACUUCUGGCUCUGCUCGGAAUUUAAACUGACUUAUGGCACUUUAGCAUUAGACAUGAUGGAAAUGGUUUGUAUUUUGAAAGAUGAUUCAAUGAUGAUUCAAUUUUAAAAGAUUCUCUUUCAGCAAGCAAUGCACCAUGAUUUCAAUGGCAGAUAUAUACAACAAGCAUUUACAAAAGUAAUCUGCUGAAAAUCAAAGAUUUUGUCAUUUAAUAUUUCUUGUUUCUGAUCGGUUUAUAUAUUAAGCGGCCAAAAGGCCUUAUCUUAACAUCGAAUAGAGAAAUAAAAUGGCCAUUGCUAAUUUGGCACUUGCUGUUGUGUCUGCUGUAAUCUGGUUGUUUUCAAAACUCAAAGUAGGGUGACGUCUCCGCUAAUCGGAAACCAUUUAUUUAUUGAUCACAGUGAUCGUGUCUGUGCUUAACCCACCCAUUAGCCAUUGCCCUGCACUGCACUGGACUGAGCCAACCGCCCUCAUUCCCAUACUACACUUUGACACCCUUAUUUGUAUUGACACACAAAAUACAACGAAUAUUUUUACAUUUCUAUUUUCGGUAAAAGUUAGAAUUGAUUGUAACAGGUUGUCAUAGUUUCUCUGUGUUCAGUAAGUUGCCGUUUUCUUCCGCAGAACUGUGCAGAGCACGUGUCCUGAGUGUAUAAUAAUAAUAAUAAUAAUAACUGUAAUUUAAUAAUUUAAUAAUAAUAAUAAUAAUUGCUGUUAUUCCAUUAUUGUGCUCUGCAUGUAAUGUUUCUAAACUGACCUCAGUGGAUCCAGACUAUUCCAAGACACGGUGUGUCAAAUUUGUCCUACAAAUGCUUAUCUGCUUGUAUAUUGUGUCUACUGUGUGUUAACUUUAUAUGGGAGGCUGAGCCUCUUCAAUCAAUCCUGACUUAAUUGUAUGCGCUCUUUGAUAAACAACACCAGCACCUAAUAACAUCAUUGGAAGAUACCUGAAAGUGUAUGUACUGUUUGUCAACUAGGCGCUGUGGCACUUAUUUAAUUUUGUUUUCUAGUUUAAUUAUUAAUAUACUCUAUAUUUAAAUUCUGUUGCAAAGAGGGAAAUUUAAAUUGGUGUGGUGUUGGUGUGAGAAGAAUGUCUACAUUAAAUAAAAUGUUUAAAAUAUAUAUUUGCGCAAUUUCCUUUGAUGAAUGGAACCUGUUAUAUUGCAUGAGUCCAAACGGGUGUGUGAUGCAGUUCUGCACCGGGUACUUAAAUAUACCUGUUUGUUUAUUAUCUAUGAAUGUCAAACAAAAAUAAUUUGAUGGUGAUACUUUGUAGGUGACAUUUUUGAUCUUUUAGAUACACACAUCAUGUAUAGACGCAGUCCUGGUCAAAGGCAUG